AUGCGACAGGAGGAGAGGCUCGGGAGACGAUUCAACACACGCCGAUUAGAAGACCCAGUAGUUAAGAGGUCAUUCGUGGAAGAACUGGAGACCAGAGCUGCGGGUAUUCAUGAAGGUGGUAGCGUGGAGGAACUGCGCAUCCGGAGGAAGGAGUGGAUCACGGAUGAUACCAAGCGGAAAGUCGAGGAGCAGAGAGACGCAAAAGUCGCGAUAGAGCGAGCGAGAACCAGAGUAGCGAAGCGCCAAGCCCGCCAACAGUAUUCGGCCCUUUCAAAGGAAGUAAAGCGCUCGUGCAGGUGGGAUAAGCGAGUGUGGGUGGACUUCCUUGCCGAAGAAGUUUUGACGGUCGACCAGUCAUCAACAUCUCGGCAUGAGCCGCUAAGAGUGCGACGCAUCUCUCGUGUCAGCUCCGAGGUGCCAUCUUUACCGGAGAUCAAAGCCGCCAUCCAAAGCAUGAAAUCCAACAAGGGUCCUGGGGUCGAUCGCAUAUCAGCGAAGAUGCUCAAAGCUGACCUCUCGCUUUAUGCUCAAAUGUUGCAUCAACUAUUUCGGAAUAUCUGGGACACCACGACAUUCCCGGUCGACUGGAAGCAGGGCGUCUUAGUGAGGGUCCCGAAGAAAGGAGACUCAACUGAAUGCGACAAUAGGAGAGCAGAAGAUCGAUGUGACCUUCCGACGACAGCAGGCAGGACCGACCGACUCAAUCACGAAAACCUGUGGGGCGCUCUAAGGCGCAAGGGAAUCCCAGAUAAAAUCGUCAACCUCAUCGAAGCGCAGUAUGAGGCUUUCGCGUGUAAAGUACUGCAUAAUGGAGCCUUGUCUGACUCUAUUCGGGUAGUCUCUGGAGUGAUGAAAAGAUGUAUUCUAUCACCGCCGCUGUUCCUCAUCGUGAUAGACGAGAUAAUGGUUGGUGCCAUUGGCCGUGUAUCAAACCGUGGGCUGCUUUGGCAGCCUAUCACUAUGGAGCAUCUCAACGACGUCGAUUUGGCAGAUGACGUUGUUCUAGUAUCGCAACAGCGCUCUGACAUGCAGAGUAAGCUCAACGAUCUCGUCAAACGCUCCUCAGCGGUGGGUCUAAACAUCAACGUCAGCAAGACUAAAUCGUUGGAUGUCAACGCGGCCAAUCCAUCCAACUUUACAGUAGCUGGUCAGGUAGUGGAUGAAGUUGAAAGCUUUCAAUAUCUUGGCAGCCAGAUAGCGUCAGACGGUGGGACCAAGAGCGACAAAGGCGCGCGGAUUAAGAAGGCGAGGUCUGCCUUUGCGUGUCUAUGA